GCUGUGAAUGCGCAACCCCACGCCCUCAAAUACGUCACUUUUUAAAGACUCUCUUGACGUUUCCGCCAGUCUUGGGGCCUGGCCUGUGACGAAACAUCUGGCGAUUUGGAGAAACGGAAGCAUUUGUACGGAGGCCCAGAACCUAGCUUCUUAGACAAGGCAGUGUUGUCCAGCCCCGCCCUCCUGUGAGCCCCGCCCCUCUCUGGGCCCCGCCCCCCUGUGAACCACGCCCUGUCCUCACAGCAGCCAUGUCGUACGGGAAGCCAGACAGCUACCGCUCGCUGCCGCGCGACUUCAGCAGCCUCAUCCAGACAUGCAGCUCCAACAUCCAGAAAAUCACCCAGAACACUGGCCAGAUUAAAAGCAUGCUGUACCAGCUGGGCUCCAAACCGGACACUCCUGAGCUAGAGGACAGACUGCAGCAGCUGCAGCACUACACCAAUCAGCUGGCUAAGGAGACCAACAAACAUCUAAAGGACCUGGGGUCUCUGCCCUUACCACUGUCUCCCUCUGAGCAAAGGCAGCAGAAGCUACAGAAGGAGCGGCUCAUGAACGAUUUCUCUGCAGCGCUCAACAACUUCCAGGUGGUCCAGCGCCGCGCCGCGGAGAAGGAGAAGGAGUCUGUGGCCAGAGCUCGCGCCGGGUCUCGUCUUUCCGCUGACGAUGGGAAUCGAGAUGAGCAGCUCGUUUCCUUUGACAAUGAUGACUGGGGCCAGACGCAGAGCCAGGAGCAGGAGGUGGCGAUCACUGAGGAGGAUCUGGAGCUGAUCAAGGAACGCGAGACCAACAUCCGGCAGCUGGAGUCAGACAUCAUGGACGUCAACCAGAUCUUCAAGGACCUGGCAGUUAUGAUACACGACCAAGGGGAGAUGAUAGAUAGCAUAGAGGCUAAUGUGGAGAGCGCAGAGGUGCAUGUUGAGCGGGGGACUGAGCAGUUGCAAAGGGGUGCCUACUAUCAGAAAAAGUCCCGUAAGAAGAUGUGCAUCCUGGCGCUGGUGCUGUCGCUCGUGGUUACCAUCCUGGGGGUCAUCAUCUGGCAAGCUGCCAAAUGAGGACCCCUCACUCCACGCUGGCCUUUCAUUCGUUACUCUCCGAGCGGGGGAGGCAGGGCCUUACCCUCCACAGAAACGCCUCCACCAUAGGCUAGCCCUGCUCUCCUGAGUCACAUGACCUAAAGCCACCCAAUCAGGGAGGAGUCUGAGCGCAUGGGCUUCAAUUAAGGCAGCAUUCCUCCCCUGUGUUGAUUUGUGUGAUAUGUACAGCACUAAACACUAAACUCCAUCUGUUGCAUUCUGAAGAGCUAAUGAUUAUUCUCACCAUUGUCAUGGUAAUUAUGCAGCAGGUAUGUGUAGGACUUGUGUAUAUAAGUGGCACUGGGGGUAAGGUUCUGUUUCUCCGGUUAAAGACUGGGAUGUCCCUGUUCAUUGUUCAUGUUCUGGUACGUGUUGUACAGGAUUGUCAUGGUGACCGUUAGCCUAACAUUAGACAGGGCCUAGCGUUAGCCUAGCACUCGCCCUGUUCUCCCACAUAUCCCUGCUCUUCUUUACUGAGCAGGGUGAGUUUCCUGGAAAGUUCAUUUAAUUUCAGUGGUUUAGCUGUACAUGUGCUCUUUAGUGUUUAAAGUGUUUAUUAUUAUUAUUAUUAUUAUUAUUAUUAUUAUUAUUAAGUACCCAUGACUGGUACCAAAAUAUGAACUGGACAAGCCUUUCAGUCUUAAAGCUGUCUGCUAAAAAAUUUGAAAAUACCACCAUGUCUCAAAGUUCUUUGAGUAAUUGUAAACUUGAAUUUUAAUGUAUAUAUACAUAUCAUUUCUAUUAGAAUAUUAAAGUGAUAAUGUCUUAA